AUGACGGACCUCCCGGGAUCUGAUCGAACUCUUCUUGAGAGGCUAAAUGCUCUUAAGCCUAGCACUGUCAAUCUAAGCCCGUCAUCAAAGUCAGUUGCAGCAUCUACUAUAGAAUCAGCCAAGCCUUUAUCCAAAGAAGAUGCUCUCACAGAAAGGUUAAAGAGUCUUCGAAACCAAAAUGAUAGCAAUAUCCACAUCACUUCUUCAUCUUCAAACCCACCACAACAACAGCCACCCCCUAAUCCCGAAUCUUCGGGCACGGGAGUAGACGCAGCACCAACUUCAUCUAUAGAAGAUGCGAAUGAAGAUGAAGAUCCACUCUUUUAUACCGACGAUCAGACUCUCGAAGAGCUUCUUGCAGAUCUUGAAUCUGAUCAGCAAUGGCUCGAGGAGGUAUUAGCUGAAGACGAGCAUCGCAGGGUAACCGCACUUCUUGAAGAACUUGGAGAUGCUGCCAAAACCAGCCAGGAUCCAGAAAAGGACUCGGAGACUAAGAAAUCUCGCAAUGAAAACGAAGGUGAAGACAGUAGCGACGACGACUCCGAGGGUGAACGGAUGACUCGUGAAGCCGACGAUAUUAUCGCCCAAACGGCUGACGAGGUAGAAUACGACCAGGCCAAUAAGCCUCCGUCUCAGCCUGGUUCUUCACCCACUUCACCAAGCCACACCGCAAAGCCAGGUGUCAAAGGCGGUAAGGCAGCAAAUGAAAGUACACAAGCACCAGGGUCCGAUGAAAGCGACCCCUUUAACUUACCUACGGUUCCGUCGGAUUUGCAGGACCAACACCAACCAGAUCAUCCUCAGGCGUCCCAGGACGACGCCGACUUUGCAGCAUCUAUCACGUCUCGCAUGGCUGCGCUCAACGUUGAUACACCUGUUGGUCCGGAUCUGCCUUCGGUACCAGCAGACAUCGAUUCCUUAGGCCUCCCUUCAGCGCCUACCUUCGCACCAUCUGAUCGACCUGCUCCGGGGCUCAUCAAGCAAUAUGGUUUCACAGACGAGGACCAGAAGACGUGGUGUGUUGUGUGUUUAGAGGACGGCGCUAUCCGCUGUCUAGACUGCGACGGCGACGUCUACUGCGCGAGGUGUUGGAAGGAGAUGCAUGUCGGUCCUAGUGCAGGGUAUGAUGAGCGUGGGCACCGCUGGGAGAAGUAUGUCAGACGCUGA